AGAUGUCUGCCAGCUCUUGGUCUAUACGAUACAAUACCAAUGCUGUUAAGCCCUACAGCCAGACAAAUGCGUUGACUAUUAUUAUACGAAAUGUUGAUUAUACAGCUGACUAACCACUUCUAAUGUUUAUGUAUCACCAAGUUUAUGUAUUCCAGAGUUCUAAAUAAUAAUUUCUAUACUUUACAUAAUACAUUUGCAGUUACAAAUUAAAAAUGAGACGAAUAAGUUGGAAAAGUAAACGCAUAGGCAUAAUUUGCUUUGUUAUUUUUAUAGUAUAUUUAUGUUUACGUUUAACGAAACAAACUAUUAGUACAAGUGCUGUUUUUUCAAAUACAAAACCCGUUGAUGUUUGGGAGUUUGUGGCUGAUUUUAGUAAUAUGAAAAGUUUAAAUCCAACAAUUAAAGAUUUCAAUAUUUUAUCAGAAGAAGGAAACUUUGAUGAAUGGAAAUAUUCUGUGGAAUACAAAGAAUUAUUAUCUCAUUGGCCAUACACGGAAAACAUUAAUAUUGGUCACUUUAUAGUGAGCCCCAGUGGAAUAGAUUAUGUUAUUAAUUCAACCCAUAAAACAUGUUUUUUGAAUGGAUUUUUUUGUUUAAACUCAAAAGGCGAAUUUCGAUUUUCACCAUCAACUCAUGGCACGAGAUGUGUGGAAAAAGUUACAUUUGAAUGCCCUGCUAUAUUUUCAUCGUAUUGUAAACGUGAGGCUGAAUUUCAACGUCAAGCUAUUAUGGACAAUUUAAGAAUACAAUUUAAUCCGAAUUCCUUUUAAUUCUUUCCCCUUUAAACAUUUGUAAUGACUUACUUAAUUAAGAUUAAUUGAUGUGAUAAUACUUUUUUUUUUUU